GGCGCCCUUAAAGGGCCAGUGCAGGGGAAGCCCCGCCCCCUGAGCCUCCAUUACCCAGGAUGCAAGUGGAGCAAAGUCCCAAAACUUGGGAGGAAACUAAAAUCGGAGGAGGAGGGAACGUGUCUCAGGCUCCCCGGGGGGACGUGGGGCUGACGAUUUGGGGUUCAGACCCCCUUACCGCAGCUGUCCCCGUGGGCUGGCCAGCCCGGGAGCCCCAGGCCAAGGACCCCUCGGUGGCGGGGCCAGCCAUGCCCCCCAACAAGGAGUCGCCAGGCAACCCCAGCUCGCCGGCGGCCCUCAUCUGCCUGCCGCCCAUCUCGGAGGACCUGCAGCUGGUGUGGACCCAGGCGUCCCAGACCAGCGAGCUGGACGGCCACCAACCGCUGCGCCAGGCCUUCAGCUACUUCCCCUACCCCAGCCUGGCCGACCUGGCACUGCUUUGCCUGCGCCACGGCCUGCAAUUGGAGAAGGUCAAGGCCUGGUUCAUGGCCCAGCGGCUGCGCUGCGGCAUCAGCUGGAGCGCCGAGGAGAUUGAGGAGACGCGGGCGCGGCUGGCCUGCCGCCAGGACCGCCCAGCCUUCGGGGCCCUGCUGGCCCCCGGCGACCCCCUGACGCAAACUGGUAAGGCCCCGGGAGGCAGGGAAGCCCCCGCGGCCACACACCACAAAGCCAAGCCCCAGGAAUCCCCAGGGAGCUGUUCGGCUGCGGCCCGGGGGCCCCCAGAGCUGGGGAGAGCUUCCGCGGCCCCCCACCCCAAAGCCAAAGAGACGCUGACGCCGCCCCCCAGCCUUUUCCCCACGCCGCCCCCUCCGUGUCGGGCCUGGGCGGAUCCUCCGGCUGGCGCCAGCCACCCGGACACCGCCUGGGACCUCAGCAAACCGUGCCGGUUGGGGGCAGCCGACGCCGCGCCGCCCUCCUCUGGAGCUGCUGUCAAUGGGGCCGAGGCGUGGGCCCGGCCCGGCCACCCCCACAGCACCCUGGAGGCCCAGCGGCAGCGCAAGAGCCGGCGGAAGAGCAAGGAGCAGCUGGCGGUGCUGAAGUCAUUCUUCCUGCGGUGCCAGUGGGCGCGGCGGGAGGAUUACCAGUGGCUGGAGCGGAUCACCGGCCUGCCGCGGGCAGAGAUCAUCCAGUGGUUCGGGGACACCCGCUAUGCCCUCAAGCAUGGGCACCUGCGGUGGUUCUGGGAUAACACCGUGCCCCCCACUGCCGCCCUGGAGCCCGGGCCCCGCACGGACACGGGCCCGCUGGAGCGGUACUGGGCCGCCCGGCAGCAGCUGCGCCAGGACGACCUGCCGGCCCUGUGCCGCGAGUCGGGCAUGGGGGCCCAGCAGGUGCUGAACUGGUUCUACUCCCGCUCGCCCGAGCCAGCCGAGGUGGUGGUGUGCCUGGGCGAGGAGCCUGAGGAUGAGGACGAGGAGGCCGGGCUCAUGGUGCAGGACGACGGGGAGGAGGAGGAGGAAGAGCCGGAGGAAGAGGACCUGGGCACCCAGGAAUGAGGAGCUUCGGAGACUCCCCGGGGAGGGUGGGGGUUGGGGGGAACCAACUCGUGCGCUGGGGCUCUGUUCUGUCUAGUUCCUCCCUCUGUUCUAGAACCCAGAUCUGGGUCCUGCAUCUAGUUCCCCCUCCCUCUCCGUUCCUGGGCCCCACGUUCCCCCCGCCUCUCCCCAGCUCUAGAACCCGGGUCCUUCUCCCUUUCUGUUCUGGAACUUGAUAUCACGCAGUUCUGCUCCCUAGAUCAUUGUUGUAAUUCGCUCUCCAUGCCUCAAGAUCCAGAUCUGGGUUUGUUUCCCCCCCCCCUCGUCUUGGUGCUCUAGAACAAAGUACUGGCUCUCCUCCCUGUUCUAGAAUCUAGGACCCUGUUUCGCUACCUCUGUGUUCUAGAAUCCCAAUCAUGCCCUGGUCCCCUUCCUCUGCUAGAACAGAGGGACACCCCAAGCUCUUCCACAGGCCCUAGAACUUGGAGCUCUUGACCUAGAACCCAGGUGUCCAGUUCCCUCUACCAUGCUCUAGACCCCAGAUACCAUUUCACUCCUAGUCCUCUACUCUAGAACCUAGGUUCUCCGGUUACUGGUUUGUGCUCUAGAACCCGGAACCUUCUGACCAGUUGUCUGGAUUCAGGUAUGCUCCCUUCUCCAGACUUCCCCCACCACUCCCCCUCCUUCAGGCACCUCUGUUUCUAGAGUCUGUCCUGGUUCGUCCCUCCCCCCCUUCUAGAUCACGUUAAGGCCCUCUUCCCCAGAGAGACGGGUGGAGGGA